CAAAGUCCAACCGAACCGAAGUCGUCCAAAUUCCAGAUUGAAGUCUCACGCUCCAUAACACAAUAACGAACCCGACCCCGAUCUUUCUGGCAGUUUAAAACAUCAAGAUAAUGCGGGGGUGCGCAACCUUGAACUGAGAACACCAACCACACCCUCUACAUCUUCUCUCAAAACCAUCGAAAAUCCCCCAAGAUGUCCAAACCCCUCUCCCAAUCCGACAUCCUCUUCCCCCACCUAUCCAACACACCAAACUUCUCCACAACCCUCUCCUCCCUAAAAAGAUCAACCCUCUCAACGCACAACCGCCUCUCCUCCAUCUUUUCAGACAGCACAUUCGUAACGGCCGUCGCAUCCGCCUACGCCCUCCCGCUCGUCGCCAACGAACGCUGCGGAAGCUGGUAUAUCCCGCCCAGCCAGAAAUCAGAGAGUGUGUAUUUCAAGAGCACGGAUGGGCACAUGGGGCAGUGGGGGUUCAGUCUUCGUCGCCUCAAUCUGCAGGUCUUGGAUGUUGUGGAGAGGGCUGGCGGGUGCGUGAUUGUGGAUUCCACCCGCCGGGGCAAGAGUAUGCCCGAUGCGUUGAGUAAGAGUGUGCCGAUUUGGUGCUGUGUGGUUAAUCGGGUGGUGUUUGGGGAGGGGGAGGCGCUGUAUACGCCGCCGCUUGCUGUGUCGGAGAGCGAGAAGGCGCAGAUUGAAGGCAGGAUUGGGGGGUUUGUAAGGGAGUUUUUGGACGUGUGUAAACCCAACAUCGCGGAUCUGCGCGCCAAACUCAAAAAACCCCUCCGUCCGAUAUGGGUCACGCACAGCUCUACGCUCCCGGAAUCGGCCCCGGCGUUCGCGGACUUUCACCCCGUCGUGCUCUGCACCGCGUCGAGGCGUGUCCACGGCGCUGAGGGGUCAGAAGGCGGAUACAUCCAGGGGGCCGCCGACGACCACGAGGCGUGGUCCCACGGGCUAACGCCGCCGCUCUUCUGGGCGAACAGGGAGCUACUAAUGAACACGAACGAAGAAGACGUACCGCGCCUCAUCGCCGACCUGGUCAAGCAAGACCGCGGCGCAGACGCGAUACCAACACUCAUCAAGCCCACGAGUACCCUGUACAUUUCCUCGAGCCAAAACGUCGAUACAUCGCCCUUCGACGUCGUCGUGAGCUGCACACCAGACCCCCUUCCCCAUAUUGACGCAAAGGCAAAGGUAAAGUAUCUGCACCUGAACUGCCAAACGGGCAAACUCGGAUCGCGCGACCUGCGCGCCCAACUCCCACACAUACGCCCCUUCUUUGCCGCCCUCCCACCACACCCCACGAAACUCCUAGUCUGCUGCCCAACAGGCAAAGACCUAGCAGUCGGCACCGCCCUAGCCAUCCUAUGCCUAUACGCCGACGCGCACGGCACACUCAACAGUGAACGAAAGACAGAAAGCAGGGAGAUAAGCAAGCCCGUCAUUAAGCAGAAAUUGAGCUGGAUAACGACAUCGAACCCCGCGCUGAAUCCCAGCCGCGCAACGCUGCAAAGCGUCAAUGCGGUGUUGUUGGGGAACUGGGAUCCGAAAGCUGCUACUACGACUACGACUACGACUACGACUACCACCCACGACCCGCCCCAAGCCAGAACCACCACGCACGUCGACAAACCAACGCGCAUCUUCCACAACCUCGCCACACACUGGACUUUCACACGCACGCUCACCUCCGCACUGCCCUCCCACCCCUCGGGCACCGUGUCCGGCACCGCGCGCCUGACACCCUGCCCUUCUCCUUCUCUUUCUCCUUCUACUUCCUCGGACCACACAAACACAGACACAAACACAAACACAAACACACUCCUCUACACCGAAACCGGCACCUUCACAACAACCACCAACCUCCACUUCACCACAACACGCCAAUACAUAUACACCCUCCACCCCCCCACUGCACCAACGCCCGCCGCCGGAGAAGCAGAUACGGGGCCGUACAUAGCCGUGCACUUCUCUCCCUCCCCCCUAUCCCCUUCAUCCUCAGAAAACGCCGGCCUCUUCGUCGCAAUAGGCCCCCUCACCCCAGGAGGCGAGGGGGUGCAGGAGGCGCGGAAUCAGGCGCAGCAUUUGUGUGGUGGGGAUGUGUAUACGGCGAGUUGGCGGUUUUCUGCUGCCAUGGUGGGGGAUGGAAAGGGGGAGAGGGAGGGGGAGAUGUGGUGGGAAGUGCGGUAUGAUGUCAAUGGGCCGGGGAAGGAGUAUGUGAGUUGGACGAGGUAUGUUAGGGGGGUUGGGGAGUGAGUGCAGAUACAGAUACGAGAGCGAAGAAGUUAGGAUGCGGACGUGUUUCCGUGGUUCGGUGUUUUUCCUGCCCUUGGCUGUCAUAUACCCACUCCACAUAUCACGCCAAUCGUUGUUUGAAUUGCACAGAAACAUAGGGGUAGAUCAUAUC